UGACUACGGAAUAGUUACUCCAUAUACACAACCUUCAUCGUCUCUCGUGUAGUGGAGUCACCGCCAAUAUAUUUGCUUAAACUGCGAAGAAGAUUGAAUUCGCUGAAUAGGAUUGACUAGCUUUCUGUCAUCCUGAUACGCAGCCGCAAGGAACACUGAACGCCGCCACCAUGGCGCCUUCGACGAUUAACGUGCUCCUUUCUUCGUUCCCAGGUCUCUCGCUGCCUUCGACGCUAUCUAUUCCUAUCUCAUCAAUCUCAACAGUUGCUGAUCUCACUGAGAGAAUCGACUCAAGGCUUCCGGCGUCAUUAUCUCUUCAAUCUCCCUCCCUUGUUCUAACCACCACCGACAGCACCGAACUGCGACCAUACUCUUCUGACAAACUCGCCAACUUCCUAACCGAAUCCGUUGAUGGUCCUUCCACAUUCCUUCCCGUCCGCCUCAGCGUUCGCGUAUAUGGAGGCAAGGGUGGUUUCGGCUCCCAGCUCCGUGCUGCUGGAGGCCGAAUGUCCAGUCGCCGAAAGGGAGCCCAGGGCGAGGACAAUGGUUCGAAUCGCAACCUGGACGGACGGCGCUUACGUACUGUAAAAGAAGCCAAAGCUUUGGCCGAGUAUCUUGCUUUGAAACCCGAGAUGGAGAGGAAGGAGAAGGAAGCGCGGAGGAAAAGGUGGGAGAUGAUUGUCGAGCUGACCGAGAAAAGAGAAGCUGAGAUACGCAAUGGGGAUGGGAAAGGGAAGGUUGACGGUGAAUGGAUGGAAGAUAAAGAGGAAGCGGGAGAAAAGGCCCGUGAGGCUGUUUUGCGUGCGAUGAAAGAGGGAAUCUGGAAGGAUAACCUCGCCGGAAGUUUGCUUGCUGGAUCGAGCACGAGCCCAGGCGAAAGUAGUGGAAGUGGAGGCUCUGUUAGUGCAAGUGAGGACAGUGAGAUGGAAGAUGUCGGGAGCGAAAGUCCUAUGGAAACUGGCAACGGCUCAAAAGCAUCUCGUCCGGCUAGACGAUUUAUCGGUUUUGAUGAUGAUGAUGACGACGAGGAAUUUCUCAGUGACGAAAACGAAGAUAAAGAACCUUCUAAUAAUGAUAGCGAUGACUCUGCUGGUAUUAAGGGAAAGGGAAAAGCUAAGGCUUGAAGUUAUGGACUGUUACCUUGCUCUUCAUGGCGUUUGGCGCACCUCCAGAGCCCUAUCGAAUUUGCAGGGUUGGUAGGAAUGAUUGCUCAUGUACAUUAUAGCGACAUUAGAUAAUGAAAUUGUAUUGAUAUAGCAGCGCC